GACAGCAACUCCAUGCUCCAAUGACUAGGAACCCUUCGGUUUAAACAAAAAUCAGUGGAGGAUUUUUACAGCAGUUAGAAUAAUCUGACACUUCAGUUUGAAGAAGAUUAGAUAUUUCUUAGCACCAUCGUACACUUUUUAUAUUUUAUGCGAUGAUUUAUUCCAAAUGGAUUUGUGGUGGAUAUGAGACUAUCAAGCACUUCUCGGGAGUUACCUUUAACAUCUCAAGAUCAAUGAUGAAGGCACAUUUCUAGACUGAACAUAUCUUUUCACAUCAGGACUGCGGAAAAACAGGACAUCUUGUUUGCAGCACAGAGUUGAAGAAAGAUAUGAAGACAUCUUCUGCUUCUAACAUUAGCAAUGACAUCUUUGCAGAUUAUGCCAACCAGACAAAAACGACAGCAUUUUCCCAGCCUGGCUGGCAAAUAGCAAUUUGGGCCAUCACCUAUUUAUCCAUGGUGAUUGUUUCCGUUGUGGGCAAUGGCACCGUCAUUUGGAUUAUCUUGUCUCAUCGACGGAUGAGGACCGUUACCAAUUAUUUCAUUGUUAAUUUGGCUCUCUCCGACCUACUCAUGACAGCUUUGAACACCGUUUUCAAUUUUAUUUAUGCUAGCCACAAUGUCUGGUAUUUUGGCAAAGGAUUCUGUCAAUUUAUUAACUUUGUUCCUAUUACUGCCGUGUUUGUGAGCAUUUACUCUAUGACUGCUGUUGCGGUGGAAAGGUACAUGGCUAUAAUUUACCCCUUCAAGCGAAAACUGUCUGCUGGGAACACCAAAGUGAUCAUAGGAAUCAUAUGGCUGGUGGCUUGUGGACUUGCCUUUCCCCAGUUCUUUUAUGCCCAAAUAUUCAUUGAUGAAGGAACACCCAAAUGUAUCAUUAUCUGGCCAGGUGACAGCGAACGCAGAAGACUCACAUAUCACAUUUCAGUCAUUGUCUUGGUUUACCUGCUACCCCUCACAGUGAUGUUUAUUGCGUACCGUGCAAUAGGACUGACUCUGUGGAACAAUGCUGUCCCUGGAGAUCAUGCCAACGUUGUCUACUACCAUCAUCAGAUCACUGCCAAAAAAAAGUUUGUCAGGACCAUGGUUGCUGUUGUGAUCACAUUUGCCAUCUGUUGGUUUCCUUAUCAUUUCUACUUCAUUUUGGGAAGCAUCUGGAAAGAACUUAAUGAGAAGAAAUACAUUCAGCAAGUGUACUUGGCAGUGUUUUUCCUUGCCAUGAGCUCUGCAAUGUAUAGUCCAAUCAUAUAUUGCUGCCUUAAUCAAAGAUUCCGUUCUGGUUUCAGGGUGGCUUUUCAAUGUUGCCCGUGCAUCAAUGCAACGGAAAGAGAUAAACGUAACCUGACAUAUCCAUCACCUUUACAGAAGAUCCAGAGAGACCAGACCUCCAACCUCCAAACAAGCACAGGAACACAGCUACCUAGCGACAAGAUAUCAUUCAGUAAUGUGCAUUUGGAGCGCUGAACCAGAGCUCGGAAAGCUGACACUUUGAAUGGCAUCAUGGAUGCCCAUGUUUCCUGAGGACACCUGGCAGUUGUACCCCCUAAAAGUAAUUUCCCCAAGCUCUUUCCCAUAUGUGCAACGGGACAUCCAGCUAUCCCCCUCCUGCUGUCUUUUCACCAUCAGACUAAGACCUUUCUACUUUGGCAGAGCUUUGAACUUUAAUGCAAGGCAUUUGAAAGUGGUGUGCUGUGUUUUUAUCUUAUGCAUUUGUUAUUUCAGUUAUGCUUUAAAACUCUUUUAAUGUGAUUUAACCAUGUGUGUUUUUAUACAAUUGUCAUUUAAUUUUUGUACCUUUGUACAAUAAGUUUUAAACUAAACUUUGAUGUUAGAUUUUGUGAGCUCUUUGUCAGAGGAACGGCUCGGUAUAAAUCCCAGGCCAAAAGAAAGGUAGAAUAUAAAAACAUUAACAUGAAAGGAAAAUGUGCUGAUACGGUUGUACCAGGAACUCCAACUUUAUUUUCUUUGUAUUAAAUGUUUGUUUGCAGUCCUAGGUUUCAGGGACUCUGCAGAUAGGUGGCCUCCUUUGGUUGCAGUCAUAGGGCAAGUCACCUGUCCAUCAUCGUUAAGUUUUGGUUCCGCCCCUUGCUCAGGGCAAUUGGGAAGGGAAG